AUUCACUAUCAACAACCCCAGUUGUCGAUUCGCUAUAAGUAGUCCAGCAUCUGGGGGCUAUUCUCUGUUUUAGUUUUGUUGCAAGUUCGCCUCAAAUAAACCUUUUUAGCACAGGUGCAAAUAUCCACGAUCCGAAAGUUAUUCUCCGGCUGGUUUGUUGCAACUGCGAAUUGAAUAACCUUUUCAUAAGUCUGCUUAUAUCCAGCAUCUGAAAGUCAAUCUCAGAUUGAUUUGUUCCGCAUCGAAUAAACUGUGCAGAAAUUCGCAACUCAAGCUUGCCUCAGAUCCCUUCUCUUGCGACGAAAGUCACCCUCCCGGCAAACACUGCACACCAGAACCCUUACCAACCACACCACAACCGACACCAUGGCACCCACCACCGUCCUGAUCACUGGAGCGAACCGCGGCCUUGGCAAAGGCCUCUUGGAGCGAUACCUCUCCCAGCCCAACCAUACCGUCGUCGCCGCCGUCCGCGACCCAUCCCACUCCACCUCCCAGGCCCUGUCCUCCAUCCCCAAGGCCGAUGACAGCAAGCUGGUGGUGGUAAAGUACGACGCCGGCGUCGAGCAGGACGCGCACGACGUCGCGGAGACGCUGCAAAAGACGCACGGCAUCGACAAGCUCGACGUGGUGAUCGCCAACGCCGCCAUCGCCAAGGGGUUCGUGCCCAUCAAGGAGGCGAAGCGGUCCGACGUCCUGGAGCACGUCAACGUCAACGUGCUGGGCGUGCUGUCGCUGUUCCAGGCCACGCGGGCGCUGCUCGAGAGGGCGGCGGCAGACGCUUCGCCCGGGGAAAAGCCCGUCUUUGCCAUCAUCGGCACCGUCGCCGGCAGCAUGGGCGGCAUGAUGGACAUCCCCAACGCCGUCUACGGCGCGUCCAAGGUCAUGGCGCACUGGUACGGCCUGCGCCUGCACAAGGAGGAGGAGUGGCUCAGCACCUUGGUCAUCCACCCGGGCUGGGUGCAAACCGAGAUGGGCAACUUUGCUGCCGGGCUCCUGGGGGUGUCCGAGGCGCCCGUCACCGUCGACGACUCGGUAAAUGGCAUGUUUUCCAUCCUCACGGACAAGGACUCCAAAGAAAAGUAUGGCGGCAAGUUGGUUGUGUAUGACAAGACUUUCCUUGAUUGGUAGAGGGGUCUAGAAUUAUUUGCGGCCUGGGGUUCUGGGGAUGCAUAUGUGCUUUUGCGUGGCCUGGAGUUCCAAGGGGCUUCGUGUUGGAUUAGAGUUGAAGAGUUAGAAGUUCCUUUUAGACAGUCAUUGUUGAUCUCUAUUGCAAGCAUUUUACUUGGAGCUGCAAUCGUGUGCAAGUAAUUGGGCAAUCCUCUGGAUAUAAAUCUCGAUAAUAUGCAGUUUGCUAGUCAUUCUUAGCA